GAGAAAGAUUCAGAUGGAGUUUCGUGUUCCUAUGGCGUCGUGUUGUUCCCCCAUGGACACCGUUAACUGAAAGGCUUGCAGCCACCGGUGCCGGUGCCUGUGCCUUACAUCUAACGACUUUCUGAGACGCAUCGAAAUUCUCCGUAGUUACUUUUCGGUCACUUGUUCAAUCGAAAGACACCCACAUCUUCGUACGAUAUUUUUGUUCCUUAGCAAAGGGGGUAUUUGCUUAGAAAUUAGAAGAUGAAGCGCAAGCGUGGUCAUAAGAAAGGGAAGCCAAAAGGAAGCACCAACCCUGUAAUCAGUGGUAAUCAACGUAAGGAAGAAAGCUCUGGUUUGGAAGAGUUUGGUAAAGAUAAAGAUAACUGUGGAAUGGAAGUUGACACACCUUCUUCUACGGGGACUGAUCAGCAUUACAAUGUUGCUAACAUAAAUCCUGACGGUUCCAUUGAUAAGGCUGCGGGGAAGACGGUAGGGCGUGUUAAGGUGAAGCUCAGGACACCAAAAAUGCUGGACUCACAACACACCUCAUCCGAAGCUCCCACACAAAGUGAUACUGAUAAGAGUAGCCAACAACUGGGGCUUGAGAAACGAGGUCUCAAUGUGGAGAGAGUGGAAGAUAGUGCUAAUUCAUUGCCUGAUAUAAAAUUUGGUACUCCAUCAAAGAGAGCUGGUAGUAUAAAAAUUAAGUCUUCAAAGGUCUUAGGAUCAAAUGCUGACCAGACAGGCAAAACUUUGUCAGUUUCCACGGAGAUUACCCACCCAAAAGAAAGAAAGGCCCCUCAACAGAAUCCCCGAUAUAAUAAGCUGGAAUUGGAUGCUUCCUUAGUGGUCAUAAGGAAGGUAAUGAAAAUGGAUGCUGCUGAACCCUUCAAUGUUCCUGUUAAUCCUGAAGCUCUGGGAAUUCCUGACUAUUUUGAUAUCAUAGACACACCAAUGGAUUUUGGAACUGUAUGCAACAAUAUUGAAAAGAAUGACAAAUACAUGAAUUCCGAGGAUGUCUUUAAGGAUGUUCAAUACAUUUGGGACAACUGUUAUAAAUAUAACAAUAAGGGUGACUAUAUCUUGGAUCUUAUGAGGCGAGUAAAGAAGAACUUUAUGAAGUACUGGACUGCAGCUGGGUUAUACUGUGAACAACCAAAAGGGACAAAGGGCUUAGAGAGCACUACAGCAGAAGAUAUUGCACUGUCUGGUGAUGGAAAAGUAGGAAAGGGUAGUCAAUUGAAGCAGAAGACAAAAAAACGUCAUGGAAGACACCAUAAACAUGAUUGUUUAUGUGCUAUUUGUGUGCUAAAGCGCCGUAGGAAAGAACGGGAGGAGAAUGCCCGAAUUGCUAAAGGCAAUUUUGGAUAUGGUGGUGAUAAGCAUGCUAAAGAGUUUAAGCAAGAGGAAUCAAUGCUUGUAGAGAGCCCUGGUGGGGAGGAUUCGUCAUCAAAUACGGAUGAAUCUUUGGGCACUGAUGGAGACGCACAGGAGGACAAAGGAGAGGUGGUGAAGAUGGAGACUAGUGAGAAGCAGUGUAGCCCUUCUGAAGGAAAGCACGAGGACAAUGAUGUUGAUGAUGAUGACAACGAUGAGGAUCAUGGUCCAGAGGAAGGAGGGGAGGAGGAAGAGGAGGAGGAUGGAGAGGAAGAAGAGGAGGAAGAGAACGAAAUGGACAGUCAGAAGAGAGAUACAGAUGAAACUUUAAAGCAUGGUGGAACCUUGGCAGAGAAAUCAAAUGUUGGAGAUGCAACUGUUCUUCAUGAUGAAUAUAAAUCGAAGCAACAAGAAGAACAAGCUCAAGUAAUCCCGCAACAGAAGCACAAGGAGUCACAAGAUAAACAUCAGAAAGCUAAGCUGCUUGAGAGCUUAUGUUUUGAAAACCCAAAGCUUUCGAGCUUAUGUGGAAUUCUCUUCCCCAAAAAUCAGUCUAUCUGGAGUGGACCGCAUUCACUAAUACAGCAAAGAAAUUCUGCUAGUACUAGUUCAAUUCACGCAGCUAUUGGGACUUUCAUGAAGUAGCUUUUUUUGAUUUAAUCGCUUCACACUACUUUCUAGCAGCCUAAAUUGCUAAUAUUUUAGGUGAUAAGCCUUCAUUGAUAAGUGUAUGAUAAUCACUAUUUAUUCAGAGCAAUAGCAGAUUUUGUGAUGGGUUAUGGGCCUAAAAGUUAGUGAAUUAGUUAGUUUGAUAGGGAAAUUAUUCUAGAAUAUUCCUAAAAUAUAGAAUAAAAGGGAGGCUGAGUGUGUAGGGAGAGUAUGCUUGUAUUCAGAAUAUUUGGAGUGGAGUUUUGGGAAAGGAUCUCUUGGGAUCUCUUUAGCUUAGGUAUAUUGGCUUGAGGGUGAGUGAGGUCUUUUGGUGUUUAAUUUCUGCAUUUUAUCUUGAAUUAGUGUUUGUAAUCUCUUGAAUUAGUGUAGGGAGGGUAUGCUUGUAUUCAGAAUAUUUGGAGUGGAGUUUUGUGAUAGGAUCUCUUUAGUUUAGGUAUAUUGGCUUGAGGGUGAGUGAGGUCUUUUGGUGUUUAAUUUCUGCAUUUUAUUUUGAAUUAGUGUUUGUAAUCUCUUGAUUUAGUAAAUACGUAGUUAUAAU